AUGCCAUCUCUCAACCCUAUCAUCACCGCACUGCAAGUGCUCGCACUGUCUUCAGUCGGCCUUAGCACUGUACUCCCUAUUGUUGGGCCUAAACACUACGAUGUAUCCAUCACCACCUUCGCCCUGAACGAUUCCUCCCGUCUUGACCCCUUCGCCAAAGACAACCGCACUCGCGCCAUAAUGGCAUCCACAUACCUCCCAGUAUCCAGCUGUAGCACCAAAAAGGCCGAGAAAUACAUGCCCCCAGCAACAGCGGCUUUUCAAAACGAUAAAUUCGGCGCCUAUGGUCUUCCCAAUGGGUCCUUCAGUGCCCUUGAAGUCGAGACGUGCGCCAGUGCCACAAAGUCCAAAUCUUGCAACACCAAUCAACUCCCACUCCAGCUGGCUACAUCGUCGUCUCCCUGGACCACCCGUACGACACCGACUUCAUCGAGUUCCCCGAUGGCAGCACCGUCACCGCCAUCGACAUAG